GUGUUUUCCGUAAUAGGCACUUGCAAAUCAGUAUGGAAUGCGCAACCCUCACUGCAUAGUGUAUACACGCGCGCCCCGUUUAUUCGAUUUGAAUGGGGGCAAAUGGAAAAACGUGCAUGGCGCGUGUGUGUAGUAAGUGACGUCACUUGUCUCAUUAUUUCGUUUCCUCGUAUUUUUUGUUUUAUCGAUAAUAAAUACGAAGCGAAGCAGAGCGGAUUCAGAAACUUUGACGACACACAUCCAUCAUCGCUUCAUCCUGCGAGCGUCAACAACAAACAACACGCCUUUUUUAUUCGCAAAUGA